AUGAAGAACGAACCUAAGGGCAAGGAAAAACUGAUUGAACAUGAGCCAAUCAUUGAUAAUGAAGAAGAUGAAGAGCCUGAUGAAGCUGAACUUAAAAGGCGAAAGGCUCGCGAUGCUGAAAUUAAUGAAACUCAGAGAAUCGUCAAAGAGGUUAAACAAAAAGAAAAAGCAGAAAGGGAAGCUCAAGCCACUCUCAAGAGUAGAAUGCUAUUAUUUCCAAAAUCGUAUUUUCAAGAAGUUGGUUCAAUAGAUGUGGAUAUUGCCACAAUUUUGAAGAAAAAGCCAAUAGUUGUUCCCAAGGAAGCUCUGAAAGACUUGGAGAAGUUAAAUCUAGUGAAGAUAUACAAGGAAGGAUGGUUCGUGGUGUAUCAGUCCAUAAAACAAACGGGAGCAGACUUUCGCAAGUCAUACUUCCAUAUUGAAGACAAACAUAUCUAG